GCCGGGCCGGGGCCAACGGCGGCGGCGGCGGGGCCGGGCGCGGGGAGGCCGCGGGAGCCGCCGCCGCUCCCUCAGCGCCUCGCCAUGGACUCGGACGAGGGGUACAACUACGAGUUCGACGAGGACGAGGAGUGCAGCGAGGACAGCGGCGCGGAGGAGGACGAGGAGGACGAGGAGGAAGACGAGCCCGACGAUAAUCUGGACCUGGGCGAAGUGGAGCUGGUGGAGCCCGGGCUGCGCGUCGGCGGGGAGCGCGACGGGCUGUUGGGCAGCGAGACGGGCGGGCUGGGCCCCGGCGGCGGCGGCGGCGGCGGCGGCCUGGGCGGCGGGCCGGGCCCCGGCGGCGGCCCCGAGCAGGAGGAGGAUUAUCGCUACGAGGUGCUGACAGCCGAGCAGAUCCUGCAACACAUGGUGGAGUGCAUCCGCGAGGUCAACGAGGUCAUCCAGAAUCCAGCGACUAUCACUCGAAUACUGCUUAGCCAUUUCAACUGGGAUAAGGAAAAGCUGAUGGAGAGGUACUUUGAUGGCAACUUGGAGAAGCUCUUUGCAGAGUGUCACGUAAUUAAUCCAAGUAAAAAGUCGCGAACGCGUCAGAUGAACACCAGAUCAUCAGCCCAGGACAUGUCCUGUCAGAUCUGCUACCUGAACUAUCCAAACUCGUACUUCACUGGCCUAGAAUGUGGGCACAAAUUCUGUAUGCAGUGCUGGAGUGAAUAUUUAACUACCAAAAUAAUGGAGGAAGGCAUGGGACAGACCAUUUCAUGCCCUGCCCAUGGCUGUGAUAUCUUAGUGGACGACAAUACAGUUAUGCGUCUGAUCACAGAUUCCAAGGUUAAAUUAAAGUACCAGCAUUUAAUAACCAAUAGUUUUGUAGAGUGUAAUCGACUGUUAAAGUGGUGUCCUGCCCCCGACUGCCACCACGUCGUUAAAGUCCAAUACCCGGAUGCUAAACCUGUGCGCUGCAAAUGUGGGCGUCAGUUCUGCUUUAACUGUGGUGAAAACUGGCAUGAUCCUGUUAAAUGCAAGUGGUUAAAGAAAUGGAUUAAGAAGUGCGAUGAUGACAGUGAAACCUCCAAUUGGAUUGCAGCCAACACAAAGGAAUGCCCGAAAUGCCAUGUCACCAUCGAGAAGGACGGGGGCUGCAACCACAUGGUCUGUCGGAACCAGAACUGCAAGGCGGAGUUCUGCUGGGUGUGUCUGGGCCCCUGGGAGCCCCACGGAUCAGCCUGGUACAACUGUAAUCGCUACAAUGAGGAUGAUGCAAAGGCAGCAAGGGAUGCACAGGAGCGAUCCCGAGCAGCCCUGCAGAGGUACCUGUUCUACUGCAACCGCUACAUGAACCACAUGCAGAGCCUGCGCUUUGAGCACAAGCUCUACGCUCAGGUGAAGCAGAAGAUGGAGGAGAUGCAGCAGCACAACAUGUCAUGGAUCGAGGUGCAGUUCCUGAAGAAAGCAGUCGACGUCCUCUGCCAGUGUCGUGCCACACUCAUGUACACUUACGUCUUUGCCUUCUACCUCAAAAAGAAUAAUCAGUCCAUUAUCUUUGAGAAUAACCAAGCAGACUUAGAGAAUGCUACAGAGGUGCUUUCUGGGUACCUGGAGCGAGAUAUAUCCCAAGAUUCGCUGCAAGACAUAAAGCAGAAAGUACAGGAUAAGUACAGAUACUGCGAGAGCCGGCGGAGGGUUUUGUUGCAGCACGUGCAUGAAGGCUACGAGAAGGACCUGUGGGAGUACAUCGAGGACUGAGCCCGGCCCCGCAGCAAUGAACUCUGAAUCCUUUCCCAUCCUAGAGUGCUCAUGCAAUUCCAAUAAAACCCACCCAGGGCGCUGCUCCGCCUCUUA